UCCAAGUUGUCAGAUUCACUCAAGUCUGACCUCAGUUCUUCAAGUUGUGCAGACGCCUGGCAGAAAGCAAAGCUCUGGCUUGGGAAAGCUCUUCUAGAAACAGGAAGAGGUUCGCUUUUGCAUUUUGGAUUGGUGCCUGUUGAGCCUAAGAAGGGUGCUGAUAUUCGUGCUCACUCUAUUGCUUGUUCCUCCAAAUCGGGCUUCAUUCAUUGUGGGGAUCUUCUCAGGUUGUUGAAGCACAAAAAGGUUUGCUUUGCACACGCAAGAAGCUAGUAAGGGUGUAAGUGAUAGACGGGAGUUCCUCAUGGCCACCGCCGCCAAGGCCGCCACGGCUGCCACGGGGUUGGCGAAGCAGGGGGCCUCAUCCGCUGGCGAGUAUGUGAUCACAAAAGUCGACCAUCUUGUAAACUGGGCCAGAAAGGGGUCCAUGUGGCCGAUGACCUUUGGGCUUGCGUGCUGUGCUGUUGAGAUGAUGCACACAGGAGCGGCGCGCUAUGAUCUGGACAGGUUUGGGAUCAUCUUCAGGCCGAGCCCCCGGCAGUCUGACGUGAUGAUUGUGGCAGGAACGCUCACAAAUAAGAUGGCUCCCGCACUUCGCAAGGUGUAUGAUCAGAUGCCCGAGCCGCGGUGGGUCGUAUCUAUGGGAAGCUGUGCCAACGGCGGCGGUUACUACCACUACUCAUACUCGGUCGUGCGGGGGUGCGACAGGAUUGUGCCUGUUGACAUCUAUGUCCCGGGGUGUCCACCCACCGCCGAAGCGCUUCUUUACGGUCUGCUGCAGCUCCAAAAGAAGAUUCAUCGGCAGAAGAAUGUGGCAUUGUGGUGGCAGAAGUAGACUGCGACUGAGAAAGCGAUAAGAGGUUUCUUUGUAGAUAAGCUCCGCUUGAAAGUGAAAGUACAAGCUCCACUUCAUUGCCAAGUUGUCCUUAUAAUGGACCUGAAUGUUGGCGGGACUUGGUUUCUAAUUGUGCCAACGAAAGUUCUCCCAAGUAGCACACAAUACCGUAUAUCAGGAAAUCAAGGGUCAGGCCGUCGCACUGGAAUGGAACUGAAGGAAGGGAACUGAAGGGAUCUCCCGAGUUAAUCAGGACAAGCGUAUUCGCCCAGGUAUUCACAUUAGCAAUGGGUGUUUGUCGCUUUUAAGCAUCGUGUGUAAUUCUGGGGGAUGGACAUACCAUGAUCGUUGUAAUUUUGAAAUGUUUGCACAUAAUGCUCAACGUGCUUCUGUAGAAGGG